CGGUGACGUCACAGUGUCAUGGCGGCGAGCGGCGCGGCUGUGUCGGUUUUAACUCCGAAUGGAAGAAGACAGACCGUCAAAGUGUCUCCAAACACACCUUUAUUACAGGUUCUUGAGGAUGUGUGUAAAAAACACGGCUUUAAUCCAGAUGAACAUGGACUCAAGUUUCAGAGGCUCGUUCUAGAUUUGUCUCUGCAGUGGCGUUUUGCCAGUCUGCCGAAUAAUGCCAAGCUGGAGAUGGUGGUGUGUUCGCGGCCGCAGACGGGAGCUGAGAGCGCGGUGCGGAUCGCGCUGCAGAUGGAGGACGGCUCUCGUCUUCAAGGCUCUUUCUCGAGUGGACAGACGUUAUGGGAUCUACUGACUCACUUUCCUCAAACCAGGACUGAUCUGGACACGUCUGGACCCACGCCAGUGUGUGUUUACAUGAGAGACGAGGUCAGCGGUGAGGAUGCGCUGAAGAAGACGACUCUGAAGUCUCUGGGUCUCACCGGAGGAAGUGCCAUCAUACGUUAUGUGCUGAAAGGCUCUGGCUCCUCGUGUCCUGCUGCAUCCGUGGAUGCGGUCGCUAUGCCAACGGAUGAUGUCGCCAAGACAACCGUAUCACAACCGCUUCCAGUACCACCCGAGGAGCCCGCCCCCGUUCCCAUGGAAACCCCAGCUCCUCCCACUGAGGUCGCUGCCCCGCCGAACCAUCAUCCUGUCAAACAGGAAGAGGAGGAGCCAAGCUCGAGCCGAGAGCAGGGGGUGUGGCCCAAAACUGACCAACCUCCGCAGGCCAAACUAAUGCCACAGGAGGAUGACGAGCGACCUGGGACGUCCCAACAGUGCCAUGGCUCCGCCCCCUCAGCCACGCCCACUGACUUUGUGCCAUUUUCGGGGAGCGGACAGCGUCUGGGAGGAACUGCUGGACUGAAGACGUCCACGUCAUGGUCGUCAUGUGUGUCCGGCAGCCCACCGAAAGCCAAGAAACCCAAACCCAGCCAUGAAAUCAAGCGAUCAGUCAGUGCCAAACAAGUGACGAGGGAUGAAGAGGAAACAGACGAAUUUCUGGAGCCGGUCGACAGGGAGCCGCUGGUCUUCCAUCUGGACUCCGGAGACCGUCACCAUGACGACGCAGAACUUCCUGACGAGUUUUUUGAAGUCACCGUUGACGACAUUCGGAAGAGAUUCGCGCAGCUGAAGAGCGAGAGGAAGGCGCUGGAGGAAGCUCCUCUCGUGACUAACUCUCUGCGAGAGUCUCAGAUGAAGGAGAAGUUGGACAGGUAUCCGAAGGUGGCGCUGAGGGUCCAGUUUCCUGACCGCCACGUUCUUCAGGGCUUCUUCAGACCUCUAGAAACAGUGGCUGCUCUGAGGAGUUUUAUCCAAUCUUACCUGCAGGACCCACAAAUGCAGUUUUACCUGUUUGUUGUGCCUCCCAAAACCAUCCUAGACGAGCCGAAUGUCACUCUGUUCCAGGCGAGUCUCUUCCCUGCUGCUCUCGUGUACUUUGGCUCAGACGUGAGGACAGGUGGUUUCUUGCGCUCUGAUCUUCUGGACGUCAGCGUCUCCACCCUACAGGCUGAUGAACUUAUAGCAGGCUGUAUGCCGCACUCUCCUCCGCCUGUCUCUGAAGACGACCCACCGCCUGCUCCCGAGUCAUGUGACUCCUCCGGCCAGCGGGGGGCGACGGAGGACGGCUGUGAUGCUCAGACGCCGGCGGUCAGACCGCUGAAGACCGACCCCGGCAAAGUGCCCAAAUGGCUCAAACUGCCAGUUUUAGUUAACUAUAACAUGAGUUAA